UCGAAACUGAACUUGCAGCAGUUUCAGAAUGGGUGAAGUGAAUAGCUACCGCGCCAUAAGGGCACUGUGGGUUACUAUGAGGAUUCUAGGAAUGGAUCCUCCUGAGAAGUACAGAGUUCUUUACCAAGUGUAUUCGAUUUGCCUAAAUACUACAAUAACAUUCUAUUAUCCGCUAUCGAUGUUUAUCAACAUGUUUCUACUUGAUAAGAAAAAGGAAGUGGUUUCAAAUUUAACUCUAACAAUAAGUAUGGUAGUUUGUGGUAUGAAAACUUUCAAUAAUUAUCUAAAACGCAAGGAAUUGUGGAAAAUGCGGGAAUAUUUGGUGGAACUUGAUUCUUACCUGAAAUUUGAAGCUGACAAGGAGUAUUUGCAGUACAUAGUGAAAGUGUCACUUCGAUAUUUCAUUUUAUAUGCAUCAAUGUAUGGAUUAGUUAUAGCGAGCUGCGAACUCCCGAUGGUAUUUUCAACAGAAAGUCGACUUCUUUAUCCAGCAUGGUUUCCUUGGGAUUGGAGAAAUUCAACACGGAUAUACGUAGCAAUUCAUACUUACCAGUUUGUUGGAAUUAGCAUUCAAAUAUAUCAAAACCUGCUCAAUGACACUCUGCCUGGGAUACUUAUGUGGCUACUUAAAGGACAUUUACAUAUACUGAAAUCCAGGAUUCAGAGGAUUGGCUACGAUAAAAAUUUAUCUACUAAGAAGAAUUACAAUGAAUUAGUGGCUUGCAUUAAAAGUCACAAAAUUUGCUUUGAGUUCCGAAACCUUUGCGAGAGCUUCACUUCACGCAUAUUGGUUUUUCAAUUCCUUUCCACCGAGUUCACCUUAUGUAUGACAGCCAUUUACAUUUUCUUCGUUGGAGAUAACCUGGUGGAAGUCGCCUAUUUAUGUUGCUAUUUUAUGAGUAUGGUCUUCGAAAUAACCCUUUCCUGUUAUUGCGGAAACGAAAUGGCUGAGGAGACAUUUCACUUUACAACUGGCUUGUAUCAAUGCAAUUGGGUGGAUCAAAGUUUGAAAUUUCGUAAAGUAUUAAUAAUUUUUAUGCUGCAGUCCCAAAAGCCAUGGACCAUCUUUGCGGGAGGCGUUAUAAGUAUAACCCUUGCAACUUGGAUGGCUGUACUUAAAUCAGCCUACUCCUUGUUUGCUGUUUUAAAUCAAGUGGCUUAAGUCAUCAUUCGACUUUUUAUUCGGAGUUUAAUGUGAUACGUUUCGAUUGUAGAUUAAAGCACCGAAAACAGUAGCAACCAUUUAUUGUCAGUGUGGCUUCAGAAAGGAAGUAGAGUAUGAAGCACGAAGGACAUGUAGCGACGUUACGAUUUCGAUUUUUCAUUCGUGAAUCUGAAACUAUGUAUAUAUAUGUAAUGAACUGGCAAUUCUCACUAUUAUCACGAAAAAAAUAAUUACAAAAAUAAAACUUUAGAGAUUUUUUUUCGUUAGU